AAGAUAUUCGGGAUGCAAUUAAAGCAGUUAUGCCCACUAUUAUUAAAAAAGAUGUUCAAAAAGAAUAUUCUGGAAAGGGAAAAUUGAAUAAAGGAGUAGGGAAAAAAGAUUUCUCGAAAACUAAUACAUAUUUAUGUAUAAAAGAUGCAAUGAAUUUCAAAUUAAGUAACGUAAAAGAAGCACAAAUUUCCAGUGCGAUAGGAAUUUGGUUAUCGCAGUCGAAUGAUAGAGAGGGAGGACGAAAAGAACGCCAAAACACGGAAAAUAAAGUGAUAGAUAAGAAUAAUGCAACCGAAACAGAGCAGAAUGAAAAUUUAGAAAAAAUAAAGAAACAGAAGAAAUGCAGGUGA